AUGUCUAUUGAUCUACCACGCAUCGAUCGGGAGAUUCUUAAGCGGUGGACGGAAAUAGAUGCUUUCCAGAGGCAGCUAGAGCUCUCAAAGGGUCGACCACCGUACACAUUCUGCGAUGGUCCACCUUUCGCUACAGGGUUGCCACAUUAUGGCCAUCUGCUUGCCUCGACUAUCAAGGAUAUCAUUCCAAGGUACUGGUCUAUGAAAGGUCAUUACGUCGAGCGCCGAUUCGGAUGGGACACCCAUGGGGUUCCCAUCGAGCAUGAGAUUGACAAGAAGCAUGGUAAAUCGGGCAGAGAUCUGGUACAGGAAUUGGGGAUUGAAGCAUACAACAAGGAGUGCAGAUCUAUUGUGUUGAAGUAUGCCGAAGAAUGGAGACAUACAAUAGGGCGAUUAGGGCGAUGGAUAGACUUUGACAAAGACUAUAAGACCAUGGACCCUACUUUCAUGGAGACUAUAUGGUGGGUUUUCAAACGAUUAUAUGACAAGGGCCAGGUGUACCGAGACUACAAAGUCAUGCCUUACUCGACUGCUCUUGCUACGCCGAUGAGUAAUUUUGAAGAGAACCAAAAUCCCAAGGAGGUUCAAGAUCCAGCCAUCGUCGUUGCAUUUCCAUUGCGAGCGGACCCAGGAACAAACCUUUUGAUCUGGACCACGACGCCUUGGACAGUACCGUCUAACAUUGCCAUUGCAGUCCAUCCCGAUUUUGAGUACAUCAAGAUCAGAGAUGAAGGCACAAAUAGAAAUUAUAUCAUCAUGGAAACAUUACUUAGCACCCUUUAUAAAGAUCCGAAGAAAGCGAAGUUCACUAAAUUGGAGACUCUCAAGGGCACGGACUUCGCAGGCUUAGAAUAUGAACCGCCAUAUAAAUAUUUUUACGAACAGAACAAGGACUGGUGGUUUCGGGUAUACACAGCAGAUUACGUCAAGUCGGACAGUGGCACAGGACUUGUGCAUCAAUCACCGUCAUAUGGUAGUGAGGAUUACACUUACGCGACCCAAGCUGGAUUGAUCAACCGCAAUCGACUACCCCCUAACCCGGUAGACGAGAAAGGGUGCUUCACAAGUGAGGUCAGCGACUAUGCUGGUGAAUAUGUGAGAGGACCCGUUGAAAAGGUCAUCACCAAGCAUUUGACUAGCAUUGGCCGGCUUGUCGUCAACAGCCAGACAACUCAUACUGUCAAAUACUGCUGGCGUUCUGACACGCCACUGAUACAGAAGGCAGUCUCUGCUUGGUUUGUUGGCGUCGAACAAAUCGUUCCGGAAAUGCUGGAAAACAUAGCAAAAUCACAUUGGGUGCCGACCUUUGUGAAAGAAAAGCGCUUUGCUAACUGGAUCGAAAAUGCCCAUGAUUGGAAUAUCUCUAGGAAUCGGUUCUGGGGUACGCCGCUCCCUAUUUGGACCAAUGAAGCUUACGACGAAAUCGUCGUCAUUGGAAGCGUAGCUGAGCUCAAAGAGAGGAGCGGCUACAAAGGCGAGAUUACGGAUCUGCACCGAGACUCCAUCGACAAAAUCACUAUCCCUGGAAAGAAUGGUGGUAUCUUGAAAAGAGUCGAGGAAGUCUUUGACUGUUGGUUUGAAUCUGGGAGCAUGCCGUACGCCCAAGUUCACUAUCCCUUCUCAUUCAAAGAUCCCUCCACCUUUGCAGAUCAAUUUCCUUGUAAUUUUAUCUCAGAGGGACUUGACCAAACGAGGGGAUGGUUCUACACUUUGGUUGUGCUUGGCACUCACCUCUUUGGUGUAUCUCCCUUUAACAACUGUGUCGUGAGCGGCAUAGUUUUAGCUGAGAACGGCAAAAAAAUGUCAAAGAGGUUGAAGAACUACCCAGACCCUAUGGGUGUUAUUGACGCGUACGGAGCUGAUGCGUUGCGACUUUAUAUGAUCAGCUCUCCUGUUGUCCGUGGGGAGACACUAAGAUUCUCUGAAGCAGGCGUCAAAGACGUCAUUUCAAAGGUAAUGCUACCUUUGUGGAAUAGUUACCAAUUCCUGAGAGGACAAAUUUCGCUACUGAAGAAGACUGAAAAUGUCGAUUUCAGAUUCGAUCCUAAGCUGGAUGUCACAAAGCACGGUAGUGUUAUGGAUGAAUGGGUCCAAGCGCGGUGUCACAGCUUACUCAAAUUUGUCGACCAAGAAAUGGCCGCCUAUCGCCUGUACACUGUGGUUCCGGAGCUUCUCGACCUGAUAGAAAGUCUCACCAAUUGGUACAUACGGCUGAAUAGAAGACGCUUGAAAGGCGAGUCCGGGUUGGAAAGUACAGUGACUGGGCUGAACACAUUAUUUGAAGUACUUUUCAUCCUUGUGCGAGCGCUCGCCCCUUUCACACCUUUCAUAGCCGAUCACCUCUACCUCCUUCUGGCUCCAUGUCUUCCCGAAGCUAUGCUCCAAGGUUAUCAGGACACUCAAAGCGUUCAUUUCCUGCCCUACCCUUCAUUCAUUCCUGAGCGGUUAGACCCCGUGGUCGAGCGCAAGGUUGGAAGAAUGCAAAACAUUGUCAAUCUCGCUAGAACAUCUCGCGAACGAAGGACUAUUAGUCUCAAGACGCCAUUGAAACGUCUGGUUGUCAUACAUGCAGAUGCUGAAUAUCUUGCGGAUCUUCGUGAACUGGACUAUUACAUUCGAGAUGAAGUUAACGUACAUAAUCUGGAGCUGACGUCUGACGAGAGCACAUUUCAAGUUCAAUACACUUGUUCUGCCGACUGGCCCACACUAGGAAAGAAACUGAAGAAGGACGCACAGAAGGUGCGCAAAUUGUUGCCAGAUCUUACGACUGAACAAGUCAAGCAUUUUGCCGAGCAAGGCACGAUAGUCGUAGGAGGGAUCAAACUGACUGCAGAAGACUUGAUUGUAAAGCGCGAGGUCUCCAACAGCGAGGGCAGAGACAUCACGACCAAUACUGAUGACGAUGUUCUUACCAUCUUGGACCUGGAACGUGACUCGGAUCUGAUGCAAGAUGGGCUGGCCCGCGAAAUUAUCAACCGUAUCCAGAGGUUACGGAAGAAGGCCGGUCUUGUCGUCACCGACGAUGUCGAGAUGUGCUACAGGGUAAUGAAUGAGCCUGCUGAUGUUGAAUUAAGUAGAACCUUUAAGUCUCGGACGGACAUGAUCAAAGGCGUCGUCCGUGGACCCCUGAUCGAAUUGGACAAUUCGACGAGCGAGGACGACCGCUCACGACUUAUCGUCGAGGAGGACCAGGAGAUACAAAAGGCUACUUUUUUGCUGAAGCUCAUGAGACUUAAGAACGACGUAACUGGAUUACAUACUGAACAAUGA